AUGCCUAACCAAGGAGAAGACUGCUAUUUUUUUUUCUAUUCUACUUGUACUAAAGGUGACAGCUGUCCAUUCCGUCACUGUGAAGCUGCCCUGGGAAAUGAAACUGUUUGCACAUUAUGGCAAGAAGGACGCUGUUUUCGACAGGUGUGCAGGUUUCGGCACAUGGAGAUUGAUAAAAAACGCAGUGAGAUUCCUUGUUAUUGGGAAAAUCAGCCAAUGGGAUGUCAGAAACUAAACUGUGCUUUCCAUCACAACAGAGGACGUUAUGUUGAUGGCCUUUUCCUACCUCCAAGCAAAACUGUGUUGCCCACUGUGCCUGAGUCACCAGAAGAGGAAGUGAAAGCUAGCCAGCUCACAGUUCAGCAGAGCAAAUUAUCUGUUCAGUCUAAUCCCUCUCCUCAGCUGCGAAGUGUUAUGAAAGUAGAAAGUUCAGAAAACGUCCCCAGCCCUACACACCCACCAGUGGUGAUCAAUGCUGCAGACGAUGACGAAGACGAUGACGAUCAGUUUUCUGAGGAAGGUGAUGAAACCAAAACACCUACCCUGCAACCAACUCUCGAAGUUCAUAAUGGAUUACGAAUGACUUCUACCCGGAAACCUGGGGUCAAUUUAAAACAAGGUGAAAGUUUGAAUUUUGGAAUAAAAACUCUUGAAGAAAUUAAAUCAAAGAAAAUGAAGGAAAAAUCAAAGAAGCAAGGUGAAGGUUCUUCUGGAGUUUCUAGUCUUUUACUCCAAUCACAGCCCAUGCCAGGUCCUGAAAAAGAGAAUGUCCGGACUGUGGUGAGGACAGUAACUCUGUCCAACAAGCAAGGGGACGAACCUCUGGUAAGAUUGAGUCUAACCGAGAGACUGGGGAAACGAAAAUUUUCAGUAGGUGGUGACAGUGAUCCUCCUUUAAAGCGUAGCCUCGCACAAAGGCUAGGGAAGAAAAUCGAAGCUCCAGAGACGAACACUGACAAAGCACCAAAGAAAGUCCAAGUUUCCAAGUCUCUGAAGGAGCGAUUAGGCAUGUCGACUGGUCCAAACAGUGAGGAAGCAGCAGAGAAAGUUACUAAAGUUGGUGAGAUCCAUGUGAAGACAUUAGAAGAAAUUCUUCUUGAAAGAGCCAGUCAGAAACGUGGAGAAUUGCAAACUAAACUCAAGACAGAAGGACCUUCAAAAGUUGAUGAUUCUACAUCAGGAGCAAGAACCUCCUCCACCAUCCGAAUCAAAACGUUCUCCGAGGUCUUGGCUGAAAAGAAGCACCGGCAGCAGGAAGCAGAGAGACAAAAGGGCAAAAAGGACAUGAGCUGUGUCAAGCUAAAGACUGACAGUGAGAUGAAAAAAACAGUGAUUUUGCCACCCGCUGUCGCCAGCAGAGGACAGUCCGAGGAACCUGCAGGUCGAGCAAAGUCUAUGCAGGAAGUGCACAUCAAGACGCUGGAAGAAAUUAAACUGGAGAAGGCUCUCCGCGUGCAGCGGAGCCCUGAAAGCAGCACCAGCUCCCCGCCUCAGCCUGAGGCCACGCCAGCGGCAAAACGGCUUCUCCGGAUCGCUAAGAAAACAGGUAUACAAGAAGAGAAGAAGCUCCAAGAAGAAAGUGAUGUUGCUUCUCAGAGCAGUGUUUCUAGAGCAGAAGCUAAAAAGGCUUCAGAUGAGACCACAACAGUUGGCAUGACUAAAAUUCAAGUCAAGAGAUGUAAGACAAUGAGAGAAAAGUAUGUGCCGAAACUGCCAGAGAAGGGAGCCUCACAGAAGGAAAAAUCAAUUUUGACACCCUUUCGGGGAGAUUUACUCUCUUACACUACCGAGUUAGCAGAGAAACCGGUGCUCACCACCGUGCUAGGCAUCACACGGCACCUGACUAAACGGCUUCCUUCAAAGUCAUCCCAGAAGGCAAAGGUGGAAACCUCAGGGAUUGGGGACUCGAUAUUGAAUGUGAAGUGUGCAACACAGCCCUUGGAAAAGCGAAGUAAAGCUAAACCUAAAGUGAAUGUGAAGCCAUCUGUGGUUAAAGUUGUCUCAUCACCCAAAUUGGUCCCAAAACGUAAGGCGAUGGAGGUCCACCCUGCUGUCAUUGCAGCUGUGAAGCCACUCAACUCCAGCAGUGUCCUGCAGGAAAGCCCAGCCAAAAAAGCAGCUGUGGCUAUUGUCCCACUUCUCUCUGAGGACAAAUCAGUCAUUGUGCCUGAGACAGAAAAAACUAGAGACAGUUUUCUACUGCCUCCAGCCCAGUCCUCUUCAGAGCCUCCCACCCCGGAAGUAUCUGGCCCUUCCUCAUCCCAAAUGGCCACAAAAACGCGCCGACUCAGCUCUGCCUCAACAGGAAAGCCCCCACUUUCUAUGGAGGAUGAUUUUGAGAAACUAAUAUGGGAGAUUUCAGGAGGCAAAUUAGAAGCUGAGAUUGACCUGGAUCCUGGGAAGGAUGAAGAUGACCUUCUGCUUGAGCUAUCAGAAAUGAUUGAUAGCUGA